GAAGCCGAGUGCCAGUCUGUUCCGCCACCAGGCUGCUCAGGCGCCGCGGCGGCCACUUCUGCGGCCAGCUUUUGUUGGGAGCCUUCCGAGGCUGGCGCUGUCUGCGAGCCAGGGACGCCGGGACCACGUCGAUCCCAGGCCAUUCAUGGCUGUCCCUCCUGUGUACGUAUAUACUACCUACAGAUAAUCUUCUCAGUAUAGCAUUGUAAGGACACCAGCGAAACAUAUCCCAUUGGUUGGAGGCUGGCCCACUGGUUAUUCCAUGCUCUAGUAAGAAUCUGAAAUAUACCUUGACAACUUUUUCCUUGAAGGCUUUAUGCUUGAUAUUUCUUGCCUGGAGGAGCCUAAGGUAUUUGAGUAAUGGCUGGCACGAGAGAUAUAGCCACAAGAGACUGUGUAAAGUGCAACAGAUGUAGCAUUUGACCAUUUAGAAGCAUCCAGCUUUUUAAAAGUUGUGAUCUGACCUAUCUGACCUGUGGGUGUAGAGAUAAGGUCACUAGAACACUUUCUUUCCUGGAUGGUUUGAUGGCUUUCUUCUCUGACUCAAAACGAAAUAGUUGUGCUCUACUAACACCAAAAAAGGACCGUGGAUGACACUGCCUUGGAAUGCCAUCUCUGAUUCACUGACACAUGAAGAAAACCUCAUGAAUAGCAAUCACAGAGACUCAGAGAGCAUCACUGAUGUUUGCUCCAAUGAGGAUCUCCCUGAAGUUGAGUUGGUGAGCCUGCUAGAAGAACAGCUUCCCCAGUACAAGCUACGAGUGGAUUCCCUCUUCUUAUAUGAGAAUCAAGACUGGACUCAGUCUCCGCAUCAAAAUCAACAUGACUCUGAUGCCAUCUCUCCAGUACUUGCUGAAGAGACUUUCCGUUAUAUGAUUCUAGGCACAGACAGGGUGGAACAGAUGACCAGAACUUACAAUGACAUUGACGUGGUCACACACCUUCUGGCUGAGAGAGAUCGGGACCUCGAGCUAGCAGCUCGUAUUGGACAAGCUCUCUUGAAGAGGAACCAUGUUCUAUCUGAACAGAAUGAAGCCCUUGAAGAGCAGUUGGGACAAGUUUUUGACCAAGUUAAUCAGCUGCAGCAUGAGUUGUCUAAGAAAGAUGCAUUACUUCGAAUUGUCUCCGUUGCUUCAGAAGAGAGUGAAACUGAUUCCAGUUGUUCUACACCUCUUAGAUUUAAUGAGUCUUUCAGCCUUUCCCAAGGUCUCUUACAGGUGGACAUGCUACAAGAAAAACUCAAGGAACUGGAGGAAGAGAAUUUGGCUCUCCGGUCUAAGGCUUGUCACAUAAAGACCGAAACAAUUACCUAUGAAGAGAAGGAGCAGCAACUUGUCAAUGACUGUGUUAAAGAACUCCGUGAGACAAACGCGCAGAUGUCCAGGAUGACAGAAGAGUUAUCAGGGAAGAGCGAUGAACUGAUUCAGUACCAGGAAAAGAUCUCCUCCCUCUUGUCGCAGAUCCUUGAUCUUCAGCAUAAACUUAAAGAACAUGUGAUUGAAAAAGAAGAACUGAGGCUUCACCUCCAAGCUUCCAAGGAUGCCCAAAGACAGCUGACAAUGGAGCUGCAUGAGUUACAGGAUCGGAAUGCAGAGUGUCUGGGAAUGCUACACGAAUCCCAAGAAGAAGUAAAGGAACUCCGUAGUAGAUCUAGCCCUGCGGCCCAUUUAUAUGGCCCCCAACAGUGUGGAGCAUUUUCUGCGGAAUCUCUAGCAGCUGAAAUUGAGGGAACCAUGCGUAAAGAACUGAGCUUGGAUGAGGAGUCUUCUCUCUGCAAACAAAAAGAGCAGCAGAAGCGAGUAUUUGACACUGUCAAGGUGGCUAAUGAUGCGCGCUUCCGUUCAGCCUCAUUUCCUGCCCUGCUUCCGAUUCCGGGCUCCAACCGUUCAAGUGUCAUAAUGACGGCAAAGCCAUUCCAAUCUGGGAUUCAGCAUCUGGAGAGCAGGACAUACUCGAGCCCGAGGAGCGGCGUGGAUGAUACAUCUAAGGACUCCCAGAAUGUGAGGCUGCCAGGAACCCCCGGAGACAGUGACUUAGUUACAGCCUUGCACCGCCUUUGUCUACGCCGGCAGAACUACUUAAGUGAAAAACAGUUCUUUGCCGAGGAAUGGGAACGUAAGAUGCAAGUGUUGGCUGACGAGAAAGAAGAGGCCAGUGGCUGCAGCACCCCCACGGGGAGCUUUGCCUCUCUCUGCACCAACCAGUCUGAGGUCACAGACCUCAGUACCAGCACCAGCUGCAUUCGGGCUUUUAUGCCAGAGAAGCUGCAGAUUGUGAAACCUCUGGAAGGAUCUCAGACUCUGCAUCAUUGGCAGCAACUUGCACAACCAAACUUGGGAACCAUUCUUGAUCCACGGCCAGGUGUCAUUACAAAAGGCUUUACUUUAUUGCCAGAAGAUGCUAUUUAUCACCUUUCUGAUUUAGAAGAAGAUGAAGAUGGGGGCAUAACAUUUCAGGUUCAGCAGUCUUUUCAGGAGGAAGGGAAAUCUUCGGUGUCUAAUCCAGUACCCAGUAUCUUCCUACCACCUCUUACUUCGGCAAGUGUGCCACUUACAGCCUCGAAUCCAGGAAAAUGUCUAUCAUCCACAAACUCCACAUUUACCUUUACCACCUGUAGAAUAUUACACCCCUCUGAUAUCACUCAGGUUACCCUAAGUUCCAAGUUCCCAUCGUUAUCCUGUGGAAGUACUGGUAGCAGUACGCCUAAUACAGCCAUGAAUUCCCCUGCCCUGUCCUACAGGCUCAGCAUCGGGGAAUCAAUCAGCAGCCGACGAGACUCUACAACCACCUGCAGCAGCACCAUGAGUCUGGCCAAACUUCUGCAAGAACGAGGCAUCUCUGCUAAAGUAUACCAUAGCCCUAUUUCAGAGCACCCUCUCAUUCUGCCAACCACUAAAGUCCCAGCCAUUCCCUCCACCCCACCGAACUCUCCAUACCAGUCACCUUGUCCAUCUCCUUUGCCUUUUGAACCCCGGGCACAUCUCUCUGAAAACUUUCUUGCCUCUCGACCAGCUGAAACAUUCCUACAGGAGAUGUAUGGCUUGAGGCCUUCCAAGAACCCUCCAGAUAUUAGCCAGUCCAAGAUGAACCUGGUGGACAGACUAAAGAGACUUGGAAUAGCCAGGGUCAUCAAGACCCCUGAGAUGAAGGAAAACCGAAAAAGCCACGGGACAGAAAUUGGCCUGGGAAGACCAGACUCUGCUGCCUUUUUAAAUGCAAGCAGCAAUCUAUUGGGUGGACUCAGGAGGAACCAGAGUCUUCCAGUCAUGAUGGGUAGCUUUGGAGCCCCGGUUUGCACAUCUUCCCCUACAAUGGCUGUCUUGAAGGAAGACUGAAUUUAAGUGUGAAGGAUAAACUUGUAGUCUAAUCUGAAGGAAAAAGAAAGUUGCAGAAGGGUUGUGGAUGUGAGGAAGAAAAAGGAGGAUAAUGAAGAUGAGUGUAAAAAGGUCUAGGGUUCGAGCACAUAUAACUGAGAAAUAUAUAGGCAAAAGGGAUGGAUACAGGUAUUAGAAAGAAAGAGACAGAGCACUCCUGGAGCCUCAGGGUUUCUUGACUUGAACCAAAAAAAAAAAAAGGCAAUUGAAAUUCUUUAAUAGUAAAGCAUAUCCGAAAUACAUUGUGGACUUGUAUUCUCAUCCCUCUCUGGCUGAGAAUCACAAGCAGGGAGAAAGUCAAUUUAUGGAGGCAGAGAAUGAGAGCAACUUCCAUUGUCAUUUGGAAAUCUAUUCUUUUUUCAAGGCUGGUGCCUAAGCCAGGGAUUAAAGUGACAAGUCCAGGCUGUUUCUUAGCAGCAAUGAGAAAUUUUAUACAUUUUUCCCAUUUGCUAUUUAGUUAUAAGCUUGUCCAUCACCUGCUAUUUUCACAGUUGAAACAACAACAACAGCAAAACAACUAGAAAUGUUACCUUUUGUCAGAUCAGAAGAAGCCCAUAUUUCUUUCUGCCUCGCGUCCACUGAGCAAAUAGGAGAAUUUCACUGAGCACAAGCGCUAUUCAAAUUCCUUUUGUAUUUGCAGCCACCUCUAUAGUUUUUAGGAAUUUUGUAUUUUUAUACUAUGCAAAAAAGCAACGCUCUUAGGGAUUUCUUUAUUAUUUUCUUUUUCUACUUUAGCAAGCUUAGUGAACUAGAGCCAAUGAAAACUAUUAUCAGAAUUUCCUUUUGGAGGAGUGCAAUGGUCAAGACAUAUGGACAUAAUUAUGUGUGUCUCAGGUCUCCUUGGAGGCUGGGAAGAGUAUAAAGAAGAAGUGCAAUCCAUAGGAAUUGAGGGAUGUUGUAUUUUUUUUUUUAAUAAACAUUUGUUGCAACUUUGGAAAGGAAUCUUUCCAGAGCAGGCUAUGCAUAUUUUUUAAUGGAAGAAUACCUGUAUUUGCACAACGAAAUUCUCAGGCACAUUGAAUUGUUAGAAAUUGAAGAAACACCCAGGUGCUUGCUUACUUUGGGGUUGUAUUUUGAUUUUAUUAAGUCUAAACAAAAAGUAUAACACAAAAUAAAGACCAAAUGGGAGUUAUUCUGCUGUGUCUGCUUGGUGAUAUCUAUCCCUUUCUCUAAAAAUAAGCUUUUUAAAGGGUAGAUCAAAUGAAACCUGCCAAGGCAGGUUGCCUUUGCUCUUCCAAAUGGGUUCUCUGUAUAUCUGUUGGCAUCAGCAGACCCUUUGGUAUUGGAUUUCAAAUACCAAAAUAAAAUGCAAAGUUGUGACAGGAAGAAGCCCACUGAAUGACUUCUGCACCUCCAUAUAUUACAGUAGCAUCAUUUGAAUAGGACAGUUUGAAAAUAAAUGGAACCACCUAAGAGACAUGGUUGAUAAAAAAGAUGAACAGAAAUGAGUUAUUGCCCUUUUGGUUUCCAGAUGGGAAAAGCACAAAUCUCUCUGGUGCUGACUUUGCCUCCUUUAUAUAGGUUAAUGUUGUGAAUGACCCUGAUUUAAUGGAAAGAGGAGCUGUGGACUCAGCUAUGAGUAUAAAAAUUUCAGAUUGUACCAGCCAGGAAAAAAAAAUCAACUAACACUUGUACGUUGUCAGUCAUGAGUUUUCGAUCCUUUUGGUAUUUUUGUGGUAUAUUUUGAUACAACUUCAAAUUUUCUAAAUGAUACUUUAAAAAAAAGUGAGGACAACUUCCUCUUCCAUCUUGUGCCUAAAGAGCGCAGUCACGUGUUCAAAGGGGAAUCCCAAACAUCGGCAUAAAUAAACUGACGUGAGCACAUCCCCUAACUGUGAAGGAUGCUAAAAGAGAAAUCCUAGUUGCUUAUAUUACAGGAAAAAAAAACCAACCCCCCCCCCCUCUACUUUUUAAAAGGGCAUUUGAAUUUGUUUUACUUGAAGUAACUAUGUGGGCUUCUUGCUUUCUUAAAAGUCAGAUUUUCUUUUUCUUUUCCUUCAAAUGAACCAGAUUUCUAGUGUGUCCUUUUGCUAGGAUUUUUAUGGUUUCUGAGAGGUAUCACGAAGUGAUUGGGUGGACUCGACUCUGCAACAGCAGAGUAGAGUGGCAUGGGAGCCAGAAAACCUCACAAUGUGUCAAACUGUCAGGUUUCUGUAGUCCAUUAUAUAAAUAUUUAUAGACUAAGCUAGAUUUCGAAGUGUUCUAUAUAUUAAGGAAAUUUUAAUUUAUAUGUACCUUCCCCCUCCUCCCCCCAGCCCCGCCUAGUAAUGAUCUCUAGGUAGUAGUCAACAAUUAGCCUAAUUAACAGCCAAGUAAGCAAAGGUUUGGUUGAAGACAGACCGAGCCAAGCCAGAGGGUCACAUACCAGUCUCUGUUGGUCAUUAAGAAAUGGGUCUGUGUUAGAAGUCACGUGGAAAAAUUGCAGAAGCCAGUCAGAUGUUAUUGUGGUACACAAAGUCUGAGAAUCUGCACUGCAUCAGGAUUUUGUGAUGAGUUUUCAGUAACAAGAAAUCCUCCUAGACUUGUCCAUCAUGCUGCUGUUACCACUCGGAUGUUUUUUGCUGUCUUCACAAUUUCCAUGUUGGACUAGAAGACCAAUGUCAAAAACCACACUUUUCUUUCUUUCUAGCGUUCAAGGAGAUUUUCUGUGUCUAUACCUCUUGAGUAGGAGUAUUUCCUGUUAACUAACAGGCUAACUACCUAAACUCAGAAAGUGGCCUCUCCUACCUUUAAAGCUUCUGGAGAGAAGUUAAUGACAGUAUCGGGGCAGCUUGAGCACCUGGUUUAACCGCUUUGUGUUCCAACGAAAAUCUGAGAGGAGGCUUAGUGAGAGCUGACUCCCUGUAAUCUGUGCUUGAUAACAAUAUUAAAGUAUUAUUAGUUCUAACAAAUGAAAGUAUGCGUGUAUUCUCGGGGUCUGGUCUUAAAAGUCUGAUCAUCUCUCCUUAGAUGUCAAAUGUAUCCAUGUACUCCUCGGGUCCAGCGCAGCAGAGAAAUGCAUUUGUGUACGCAGGCCUGGCCGCAACCAAGAGCGUGGCAGACAACAUUGUCUGAUGUUUGGGAAUGUGGGCUUCUGUCAGACAGCUUUGUGCCCUUGACUUUAUUUAUGGCAUGGAAUAAAGACAAUAAACAACUUCCUUUUUAUGUUCA